UAUUUUAAUGAAUAUUUAUAAUUAGGGUGGAUAAAUACCCUGUGGAAAGCCCCCUGAGCUGCAGGAGCAGGAGAGAUCCGCUGUGAGUCCGAGCUGAUAAAGAAUUCCGGCUCUCUGGCACCUCCAGCUGUGCCAGGGAGUUCACUCCGGCUGAUUUCGUGUCCGCACUGGUUCCUGUGGCCUCUCCCCUCCAUGGCCCUCCUGGCUCUCACCCUGGCUCUGCUGGCAAUGACCGUGGCCACCAUGGCCAUAACGAUGAGGCGCCUGGACAUGGCCCUGAACUCCUUCGAUGACCAGUACCGGGGCUGUGGCCCUGCCAUGAAGGCAGAGCUGCCGGCCCUGAACCGCUCUGAGCUCCAGAACAAUCGUCUGUUUGCCAAGGGCUGGUCUGAGGCAGUGGACAAGUGGUGGAAUACGGGGUCCCCUGUGUCCCCUCUGUCAUCCUCAGACCAGGCCAUCUCCAUCAUGGCCUAUCACGAGUUUGACCUGCACAAUGCUUUCAACGAGGAUGUGAGCGUGUCCGGGCGCUCGCCCCAGGCAUACCGGGACAAGUUCCAGUUCAAAACGCUGCAUUUCCUGCUGACCGACGCCGUGGCCACGCUGAGGGCUGCUCAGAAGGAGCAGGGAUGUCACUGCGUGGUCCACGUGGACCCAAAGUACAAGUUCAACAAUGCAAAUCCUGGUGACAUCGUCCGUUUUGGCAAAUUCGCGUUGUCAACGCGCUGCAAUGAUGACAUCGAGAGGUUGAGGACCCCCACGGUGUUCCAGGUGCAGACGUGUCAUAGUGUGGACAUCAGCGCAUUCAUUGACAAUCCCAUGACUGACGUGGUGCUGAUCCCACCCUUCGAGAAGUUCAAGGUCACCAACGUCAUCGAUUAUGGGGAGAAGGUGGAGAUCCUCCUUGACUCCAUCGGGACCUACAGCAAAUACAACUGCGAGUGGCUGAAAGGUGGGAGCAUCUCCCAGGCCCCCUACCACCUCGGAGGACUCCUCCUGGCCACCACAGUCCUGGCAAUGGCCACCGGAAUCCUCUGAGCCAUGAAGUCACCAAGGUCACCAAGAUCUCUGUAGUCACUGUGGCAGCCACGAUCACCAAGACCACCAGGACAACCAGAGAAACAAGGCCACCAAGACUACCAUGGCCACCACAGCCACCACGUCCUCCAUGUCGUCACUGUGACCACCACUGACACUGUGACCAUUGCAUCUACUACAGCCACUGUGGCCACAGUGCCACAAGGACAUUGUGCAAAACAAUUUUAUAAAAUACUUCUAUGAAAAAAAUGGUAUCAAAUCAAUUUUAUUAAAUUGUUCUAUCAAAACAA